AAAAUCGGCAAUCUUAUCUGUUUAAUUAAAACUGUGGAAUUGUCUGUGUGUUUGCUAAGUGACGCUACCGUUUGAAUGUUGAUUUUUGAGCCGGCCAUUCUCCUUUGGUUUCACGAAAUUGUCCGUCGAAGGCGAUAAAUAUCAAUCUUUUUGCUGGCGUCGCUAGCUGCGGCUUUCAUUUUGUUUCUGUGCAAAACCACCACACAAACACGGCACACAGACGCUUGCACACUACACACCACCAGACGCGCGAGAGCGGCUUUUUGUUUUGUACUGCGUUUAUGGAAAGUCCAGUUCUCGCCGCCGAGUAUAGAUAUCCAUCCCAGUCCAUUCUAAAAACAAACCGAGUAUCGAGAACAUGUCGGCUAAGCGCAAGGCAGGUGGCAACGGAGCCGGUCCCAACAAGCGGCGCCCGAAGAAAAAGGAGUCGGACUACGAGGACGAAUUUAGCGACGAGUCCGACGAGGACGGUGUGCAUCAGCAGGCGGCUGCCACCAACCAAAUGGAAGUGCUCAUUCCCCACGACGACCUCGACCCCCCAAGCAAGUUGCCUGAAGACUUACUGUCCACACUAGAGAAGACACCGGGCCAAAUGCUGCUCGCUGGCAUGGUAACCUGGGAUCUGACCGGCAAGAGGGACCGCAAGAAUGUCACGAAGGUCCGACCGAACCUAUACAGCUUCCAUCGGUUCACUGACGAGAAGUAUCGAUACGUGGCCAGCGGACCCAGUGCCGCUCAUACUAUUGUCAUCAACAUGGACCGCAAGGCGCUUAGUUUUGGGCGCAAUCCCAGCGGCCAGCUGGGCCUCAGCCAAGAUAUUAAGCUGGCGGAGAAGCCCACCCUAAUUCCGGCCCUGGAGCAUCUUAACAUAGUGCAGGCUGCUGUUGGCCGGCACCACACCCUAUUUCUUACCGACACGGGCACAGUUUACGCCUGCGGCGAGAACAAGUCCGGUCAGUGCGGGGUUGGCAACACCCACGCCAACAUUUAUUCGCCUACUCCGAUCAACUACCGAGGACCUCCCAUUAUCCGGAUCGGGUGCGGGGCAGAGUUUUCGGCCAUUCUGGACAUUAAGGGUAGUCUGCACACGUUUGGGCUGCCGGAGUAUGGCCAGCUUGGCCACAACACGGACGCCAAGUACUUUGUAAACGCAAACAAGCUAUCAUUCCACUUUGAGACGUCACCGAAAAAGGUCGUGUUAUAUAUAGAGAAAAGCAAGGAGGGUCACGUGACACCAGUUGAUGGCGUGCAGAUCGUGGAUUUCGCCUGCGGCAACAACCACACGGUUGCUAUUGACUCAAAGAAGCGCGUUUACAGCUGGGGUUUUGGUGGUUUUGGGCGUCUCGGCCAUGCAGAGCCAAAGGACGAGAUGGUACCGCGCCUAAUGAAGUUUUUCGAUACACAAGGUCGUGGUGGGCGUAGCGUUUACUGCGGCUCCACUUUUAGUCUCAUCGUCAACGAGCUGGGGCUGCUGUUCCUAUUUGGGCAAAAUAAGAAGACAGGCGAGGCCAAUAUGUAUCCGAAACCGGUACAGGACCUGUCCGGCUGGAACAUAACCGACAUUGGCUGUGCCAACACAUCGAUAAUGAUUUCGGCCGACGAUACACUGAUCGCCUGGGGUGCAUCGCCCACGUUCGGAGAACUUGGCAUCGGGGAAUUCCAGAAAUCGUCGACUGUGCCUAAAGAAGUGCCAAAGUUGGACAACAUUAAAAUACCUCAGGUAACUAUGGGUUACUCGCACACUGCGUUGCUGGUGGACACCACUCACGAGGCAACUAAGCAAAAGUACGAGAAAAUGCCCGAGUACACAAUUGAUGAUUAGGUAGUGAGCGACCUUUUAAAUUCUGCAACAAACACGUAUAAAGCUGCCAAUAACAAUACUGCUCCGCGUCGGAAACCUUGAGAACUGAUCAUCGAAACUGCUGCUACUUAUCGAAAGUGAAACUACACAAAUCCAACAAAUUGUAUGCUAUAAGUUAAAAGUUCAUUAUUAUGCUAAACUCGCUAUAUACAUACUAUACGAUAAUCUCAGAAUACAUAUAAGUAUUUUGUUUUCAAACUCUUAUUUAUUCUCGUAACUCAUACUAUUCAGUACUGAUCCUGUCCCCUUCUUAAUAUAAUUUAUUGCCGCCCACCUCUAGGCUUAAAAAUAAUCUACAAAACUUAUGAUUAUCGAUUUGUAAUUUUUAAUUUACAAGCUACAGUAUUCUCCAUUUAUUUCGAUCAGAGUGAGCAAAAGCAAACCACAAACUACAAAACACGUAAACCUACGAACAUAGCGCAUAGUUUACAUAUAAAAAGUAUACCAUGGGAGAAAUCCAAUACCAGUUGCAACUAUUAACUAGUACAUCAUGCAUUUUAAUCUUAUACAAAGGAAUAUUUAAAUAAAGAAAAUGUUAGUAUUUAGAGAAA